AUGCUUACAAUAACAGAUCAGAAGGUGUCAAGAACUAAAAAUGAGGUAGCAGAAUUAAAAUACCGCCAUCAGCAGCUGCAAGAAGAGUUCAAUAAAUUAAGCGCCGAGCUCAACUCAACGCUAACACCAAAACAAGUCAUGGAUCAGCACAUCAAGCGGUUAAAGGAGUACAAUGAACUAAGGGACGCAGGUCUGAGGUUAACUCAGUUAAUCUCUGAUGAAAAAUCGUGCAAAGUCAAGGACGUAUUUGAAGAAAUGGGUUACUCUAUGAGUGAUGACUGA